CGGCGAUAAAUUGAUGCGAGCAAAAUCGCGGCGUCGUCAUCUCAUCACGACGAAUGAGCGGCGCGAAACAGCGCGAAUCAACGACGGCGACGACUGUGCGGACACGCACGAAUCCCACCACAGCGACAGUCACGCGACGCUCCAAGAUGAGUACAUCUAAGAGAGGCAAAGGAGAAGAAAGUGAAGAAGAUUGCAUAGAUGUUUCGAAAGGAGCAAAAACUUAUUUAGAAAAAUUCCUAGGUGAUGUAAGCAAGACUUCAGCAACCAAACAGAUGAUCAUUGGCAGCACAACAGGAUGGGUCACUGGGGUUGUCACUAUGAAGAUUGGAAAGGUAGCAGCUUGUGCAAUAGGUGGUGGUAUCAUUAUAAUGCAAAUUGCUGCACAUCAGGGCUAUAUAAAAAUUAAUUGGGAUAAGGUUAUGAGAAAAGCUGAAAAGAUUACGGAUAAAGUAGAGGAGAAAAUAACUGGCGAGGGACCAAAUUUGAUGGAUAAGGUCGAAAGAUACGUCGAUCGAAAGGUGGAUAAAGCCGAACGGUUACUGAAACAAGGCGAAAAUCGAGCACGACGCUGGUAUCAUACGUUAACCGGUGACAGUGACCAGCUGUUCCAACCGAACGAAUUUCACUUCUUCCUAGUUUCCUUUGUGGCGGGAGUCGCGCUUGGAAUCGCUACUGCCAACUAGGUAACAAGUUGCUGCACUCUGAACGCAACAAAAAAAGAUUAAUAUUCUUGUAGAAAACAGUUCCGUCAUUGGUGAUCAUGACGACGUCGAAGAGUAUUAUACUAUUGUAAAUGAAGUACGGAACAAAAUCAACGAGCUGAAGAAAUGGGUGGCAAAUUACACUUAAUACGCGCAUCAAACGUAUGAAAGUCCCCAAUUUUUUCUCUGCGUCUGAGAUUAUGCAGAAAAAGAAAUUAAAUUAUUUAGAAUAGCGUGAUUUUAAAAUUAAUAGAUUUUGUGUUUUGUUUACUUUGUAUUCUAUUUCAUGAAUUUGGCAUAUUUUUCUAUUAGGUUUUGGAUCAAAUAGGUUUAGGAUCAAAUACAUUCUAAAAUAUUGAUGCUACGCAUAUUAAAAUAUUCUUGAUUAUUGCACAAUGUGAGGUUAUUUAAAAAUUUAAGGGUAUACACGUACGUAUAUUUAGUUUUUCAAAUAUAUGAAAUAAUUUUACAAAUUUUUGAGAUAUUAUUCGGUCUCAGUGCAAUGAGAUAUUCAAUCAAUGAUUUAACUGUGAUACACAAGUAUAUAUUGAACUUGGUCUUAUUCCUAUUUGCAAGUUUAAAAAACUUUAGUUUCGAUCAUUUUAAUAUUAUUACAUGUAGAGCAUGUACAAGAGUUAUUAUAAAAACACGCGUAAAUGUUGCAAUCUAGCAUAACGAAUGUGGAUAAAAUGUUAUUAGACUUCUUGUUCGUUCAGAAUGCAGCAAGAAAAUAGUCACCUCAGGAUAUAAACGUUAAUAUAGUAUUGUAUACUAUUUACAUUACCGUAAAGAAUUUCGAAUCUUGUAUUAUUUAUAUACUUCAUUUGCUGAUUAUUAAAUAUUUCUAUCGUGUUGUUUAUAUAAACUUAAAAUAUGUACCUAUAAUAAAAAUUAUUUAACAAUAUCCAUUGCAAAAUGAACAAUUUUCGGUCAUUUAGCUAUGAUAUCAUAAGUACUUAGUUGAAAAAUAAUAUAUUAAUCUCCAGUAUGGCCAAAUGUAUAGCGACAUCGUUAAAUUGAUUCUUAAAUAUAUGUAAUUUAGAAAU